AACGCGUUCAGUCGUAGCUACAUGUUUGGAAGAUUGAGUUGAUGUAUUUUCAGUAAUUAGGUGGAAAAGAAAAAAAAACAAUGGAUGGCAAACGCAGAAACAUUUCAAAUCUGCCCGAAGACUCGCCAGACAAGAAAAUCCGAAGACAAAAUACUCCUGCCCAAGAGAAUCAUGGAGAAAGUUCUACAGGUACAAUUGUCGAAAGAUUGGUGACUAUUUGGAAAGCACAAGCCAAUUUUCCUCCAGUAUUCACUCAAGAGGGUUCUGAUGUAAUUACGUUGAAACAAAUUGAACAAAAAUGUAUAAGUUUAGAAAAGGUCAACAAAGAGCUGCAGAUGAAACUCGCCUCAUCAGAAGCAAAUGUCGUGAAAUUAAAAGUUGAUUUGAUAAAUGAAGGUUCCCAGCAAGAGCAGCUCAUAAGUAAAUUAAACACAGUAUGGGAUUACAUGAAGAGUAUCACUGAAACCAUCAAUUACGUAACUGAAACAAUGGAUGAAACUAAGGGACAUACUGAACAUCUUAGGUCUCAAUACAAUGAGGUAAUUGUUAAGGUGUAUGCCGACAAUGAAAUUCUCAUGUCUGAGGCAGAGCAGUUCAACAUAGAAAAGAUCAAUCAUACUGAGGCACUUCGACUACUCGCUCAAAAAGAAUGUGAGCUAGUUGAAUUGAAACCAAAGUAUCAGAUUCUCCACGUUGAAGUCGAGAGUUACAAGAAGAAACUUGAGGAACUUGGAGAGGACCAGAGUCUCCUUCAGAAGAAAAUCGUUGAACUUGAAGUAAUUGCAGCGGAAGAGAAAAGAAGGCUGGAGUUUUUGUGUGCAGCAGAGACAGAAAAAUUGAAUGAACAACGACAUCUCCAUGAGACUGAGAUGCAGAAUACUUUGAAGGAUCUCGAAGGGCUUAACGAAAAAAUUGAAAAAUUGCAGGAAGAGAGGAACGACGUUUUUCGGUUACUGGCUGAGAAAGAGGAGGAGAUGAAGAAUUUCAAACAGACUGUCGAUCGAUACAAAACAAAUGUAGAGGAAUUGAAGAUUCAACUGACCGAGAAAUCUGUCAGUUUUCAACGGCUAAAUGAUGAGAAGGCGAAGUGUGAGGGAGAAAUAAUGGAGAAAAACACACAGAUGUCUCAAUUUAUGCAACAAUUGGAGGCAGUCAAACUGGAUUUAUCGAGGAAGACAGCUAAUGUGACACGUCUGGAGCAGGCGAAACUUGAGUUGGAGCAAAAUAUUGCAAUAAAAGAAUUUGAAUCUCAGGAGACAGAGACGAAGUGUGGUCAAGUGAAGAUACAAAUGCGAAAAGAACUUGAGAUGCUACACGACAAGUUGUCACAAAAAGUUGUGCAAGUACAAGAGCUUCAGCAAAAGGUGAACGAGGCUGAAUCCGUGAAAGAGUCCAUCUUAACUGAAUUAUCGAAUUCUAAUGUCUUACUGCAAGCCGCCCAGAGGGAAAAUGAAGAUAUUAAACAUAAAUUGACUUCAAGCAGUUCAAGUAAGGAUUUGAAUAAGCAAUUGGAAGAGAAACAACUUAAAUUAACUGCAGAAAAUCAAGAAUUGAAAGAGAAGUACAAAGAUAUGGAGGAUAAAUAUCAAAAAGAGAUAUCAGCUUUUAAAAACAAGUCUCAAAAACUGGAAUUAGAAUUGGCUAGUGUGAAUAGUAAGCUUCAACAACUUGAAGAAUUUAAUGAGCAUAAUCUCAAAGAGAGGGCAAAAUUCAAUGAGCAAUUCACUAUAUCAGAACAAAAGUUGAAACACAUAACGAAAUCAGAUGCUCAACUAAAAGAAAAGCUGCAGAUAGCAAGUCAAAAUUUGAACCUAGCUGAACAAACAAUUCAGAAUUUGAACCAGAAAAAUCAGCAAUUAGAACUCAAAAACAAAGAAAUUAUGAGGACAGAGCAGAAAAUGGGAUCUGUUGAGAAGAAAGCUGAUGAAUUUCAGCAGAAGUACUUGGAUGCAGAGUACUUCGAAUUAGAUGCAGCUAAGCUCAGAGUUCAAGAGAUUGAUAAUAAACGGUUUCUCACAAGCAGCGAAUCUUUCCAGAAGCAGCAGAAGGAUCUAGAAGCAUCAGAGAGGAGAGCCCGAGACUUUGAACAGAAGUAUUAUGCUCUACAUGCAUUGCAAAAAACAGAGAAGCAGAAAUUCGAGAAGCAACAGAGACUGCUCAAGGAGACUGAAAAAAAAGCUCACGAGUUUGAGGAAAAAUUUAGACGGCUCGAAGUUGACGGAUUGGAGUUUAACAAAAAAUUGAGUGGUCUUCAGCGUUUGGAUCCUCAGCUGUUAUCGCCAUCUUCUUGGAAAACGAAUUAUCCGGUGAAUGCUAAGAGAGUCACUAUUGUUUCAGAUAAGGCAUUGCCUCUAAGUACAAUUACGUGUAUGCCACCACCACCACCACCAUCACCCACGACGAAGGCACCAAAACCGCCAGUGCGAUCGAUUCUGAAGACUGUUUCAUCAACCCCAAGGGUUUUUCAAGUGCCAGUGUCACAGAGGCCCAAGCGAGCUAUUAGCCCUCCUCAAUCAUCAAUUGAUUUAUCUAUCAACCCAGAAAAAUCCAUGCGGCUACCUGAUGAACCAUCGCGUACCUCCUCCCCCGACAGUUCUGAAAUGAUUGUCGAUAAUGAUUUUGAUAUAACCGUCAAGAAAAUCUUGGAAACUUUAUCACAAGAGAAGUCAAAGUCACCCAAGCCGAUGACGACUUCUAUAAAAAAUCCCAGAAAGUUUUUUAAGAACAGAGGAUCUCAGCGAAAUUAAAAAGAUCUUUCAUCGUCAAAUUUCAGUCGAAAAUCCAUACGUAAAUAUUUUCGUACUGAAAAUAUAAUAUCGAGUUAAUUUUCAAGUGAAUUAUCCGAGUUUUCAUAAUUGAA